AUGCAUUGGGCUAAGUCUUCCAAUCAGAAUGCUGCUAUAUUUCUCUUAGACUUUGAGAAAGCAUAUGAUAGAAUUGAAUGGAGUUUCAUCGAUGUUAUGCUCAAGGCUUUUGGUUUCCCUAUCAUCUUCUGUAACUACAUAAAGAUCCUUCUGAAAGAUGCUAUGGCUCAAGUUGAAAUUAAUGGAUCCCUAUCUGAUCCUUUUCCUCUGACCCGAUCUAUCAGGCAGGGAUGUCCUCUUGCCCCUGCUCUCUUUGUUAUAGCCUCAGAAGCCUUAUCUUAUAUUCUUACUGACAAUACUAUAUCCCCGGCUGUCAAAGGCAUCACAUUACCUAACAAUGAAGAAUUGAACAUCUGCCAAUUCGCUGAUGAUACUAGUUUAUUUGUCAAAAUGGAUGAUAAUAACUUUAGUUAUCUUACCAAAAAGCUGGACCUUUUCUGCAAGAUUUCAGGUGCUAGGCUCUCGCAAGCCAAAUGCAUUUGUCUUGGCUGGAAUGAGCAACCUCCGAGUUGGCUAUUGAAAUAUGGAUACCAAUGGGGGGGGCCCAACUAUAUUGUCAAAUAUCUGGGUAUCCCUUUUGCUGUUGAUCCUUCUAUUAAGGAUAUGUGGAUUUGGGUUAAGACCAAAAUUACCAAAAAACUUAAUAACUGGUACAACCGUUCAUUGUCUCUUGCUGGAAGACUUCAAGUAUGUCAAAAAAUACUAUCUUCAUACAACAUAUAUUACGCUUCAGCUUGGAUGUUUAACAACUACCAAAUAUUGGAAAUCCAGAAGACCAUAAGGAACUUCCUUUGGUCUGAUGGUAAAGGAAACAAAAAGCAUCACGCGGUUAAAUGGGAAUGGUGCUGCACUGAUAAAAAAUAUGGAGGUCUUGGACUGAAAGACCUCAGGCUCCAGGGUAUUGCACUUGCCACCAAAUGGGUCUCUCACUGUGUGGAAGGUGAUGUUCCCUGGAAAGUGCUUGUCAGAAACAACAUUUUGAGGGGAUACCCAAAAAAAGCUAAAUCUUGGAAAAAAUUACCAUUUGCUGAUAUUUUAUUUGGAAAAUUACCAACAUUUGUUCAUGGUUAUGCUGUCUUUAAAACCAUAUGGAAAGCUUGGGAGUCCUCGAGACACUGUAUCUCUGAUAACUCCUUCCACACGGACAGCCUUCUUCAUGGUGAGAGAUCCAUAUGGUGGAAUCUGUACCAUCAAGGAAAGCCUCUUGCCCUGACUCAAGGCUGCUCGGCUAAAUUCUGGAAUAAAGCAGGAAUUUCCACAUUCAUUGAUUUAUUUGAAAAUGACUGCCUAGUCAGUUGGGAAGAGUUAAAAAAUAAUUACAAUCUUCCGGCAGCUCAUAAAAAAACUUACUGCAUGUUAACUAGAGCUUGCUCGAAUAUCCCUUCCAGAUGUUUCAUUGACUCACACAGAUACAGCAAUAGCAAGUGCACUGAUGGUACCUUACUUUAUAAAGUCAAAGCUAAAAAUAUAUAUAACUACUUGAAUUAUAACCCUGAUAUUAUAAAACAUGUGAAUAACUUGUGGUAUACUGAUCUGGAGAUGAUGGAUUGGAGUAAAAUCUUUAAUAGAAUCUGGAAAUCUCCUAUUGAUCCUAAGAUCAUAUGUUUUAAAUGGCUUCUGAUGAAUAACAGACUCCCCAUAAACAGGUACUUGAUGUCUAAUGAUCUCUGUUAUAUUUGUAAUAAACCUGAAUCUAUUAGACACAUAUUCCUUGAAUGUAAAUUUGCAAAAAAGAUUUGGGCCUUAUGUGGAAUUACUUACCCUAAAUACAUUGAUGUAUUUGAAAUUGCUACUGGAUAUAUACAUGGUCUUAAAAAUGAUGCUAAUAUGUUAUGGUUCAUUAUCUCCUCUAACAUUCUUUGGCAGCUUUGGAAAUGUAGAAACGAAGAAAGAUUUCAAGGUGUGCAUAGAUCUCUUACUGAGUUGUACUUAAAACUCACUCUUCUUAAAAUUUCUUCGCAGGUUUAUAUCACAAUGAUGUUCGAAAGAGAAAAACUUAGCAGAUUCCUCAAAAUGGGACACUCAACAAUGUUCGUGUUUGAAAUGAAGGACGGGUAUGACUACCGUAGACACGUGAUCAACAUGGCACUCUUCAACAAAACAGUGAAAAAACUGCACAAGAAGAUUACCAAAAAUAAAAAUGCGACUGAUGAUCAGAUAAAAAUGAUUGCUCAGAUACAAGCCAACAAAAGCAUCGCUUGGAUGGAAGGGCCUCUUGGAUGGACUGCUUGGGUUGAGCAGUUUGAGGAUUUACCUCAUUAA